AUGCGUUCCUUCAUCACUGCUGCUAUUCUCAUUACUGGUGUCGCGGCCCAAUCGGUCGACGAAUACCUCAAGUGUGCCGAGGCCGCUCUCGACGGAGUCGACACCUCAAGCCUGUCAGACUGCAGCGACAAGAGCAGUAAAGAAUGUCUCUGCGCCAACCCCGACGCCAUCACUAAGCUCACCGACGCGGCUUCCGACGCCUGCGGUGAUGCCGGUAUCGAUGUUUCCGAGCUCCAGAAGUCCCUCUGCUCUGACAGCAGUGUCGCCGCUCCAGCCCGCCACGCAAGCAACCCCAUGGAGCCCGCUAACAUGAACGCCCUGCACAUGUCUGGUGAGCGCGCCUAUGCACCCCCCGUCGCCGCAGAGGCCGCCGCUCCCCGCGUGAUCUACGUGACCGAGACAAAGACCGAGUGCGGCUGCAAGGCUACACCCGCCCCGGCCUUUGAUCCUAAGCAUCUCUCUCACAUCCCCGUCAAUGUACCCACUAGCAGCAGCAUGGGCCCCAUGGCCUCCAUGUCCGCGCCACCAAUGUACUCGAAAGGUAUCCUUGUUGGAGGUUCCUCUUCGUCUCGUGUCUUCGGUGCCCAGAUGUCUGCUACACCUACACCAUCUGGUGCUAGUGCAAACCGCUUCAAUGCGUUCGAGGGUGCUGCGCCUAAGGUCAGUGCUAUCCACGGUUUCGCUGUGGCUGGUGUUGCUGCUGUCAUGGGAUUCAUGGUUGCUCUGUAA